AUGGAGAAGCUCAUGCACCUCAUCUUCUUGGUCGUCUUGUCAGAAUCCUGUGCUGUAGAGAAUGUCACUGUGGUGUACGGAAUGGAGGGGGGCACCAUUUCUGUCAACUGCACCUAUAACCCCUGGCAGCAGCGGUGGAAAGUAAAGAGCUGGUGCAAGCAGAUCGAUGAGACCGAGUGCCAACAUGUGGUGAGUGCCCGACGCUUCUGGCUGCCGUUCCUGAAGAACAGGAAUGGCACUACCUCCAUCAGUGACAAUGUCCAUGAAGGGGUCCUGACAGUGACCAUGAAGCGACUCAAGAGGCAGGAUGCUGGGUUGUACCAGUGCAAAACUGACUACCUGGGGGAAACAAACAGCUUAAGGAAGGUGCAAGUGGAAGUGCUGACAGCUGUACUGGAGACCCAAAUGCCAGAGGAGCCUAGUGCUGUGCAGAGCAUCUCCAGCAUCCCUCCUGAAGCUGAUUUCACUGUCUUCUAUAUCAUUGCUGGAUUCCUGGUUACGAAGUUCACGGUGGCUGUGCUGAUCUUUAUCAUUGGCAACAGCAGGAAGAACAGAGAAACAGAGGAAAAGAACCCAAACUUGAAUGAGCAGCAGGCCCUCCCUUUCACUGGUGGCCUUGCACGUGAUGGAAUCAGCCCCUCCUGGGAAAGCACUGCUUAG